CCGAACGCCUUCUUGGCAUGCAGUCAGAGCAGGAAGGGUGUUAGGGUUCACUCAGGCGCCAGCCUUGAGAGGAGAAUUCAGGGGAAUUCUUGCUGCCUGCUGAUCAGUUCAGGAUUCCUGCCUAGAAAUCUCUACUGGGCGAACUCCUGUCAGCUGAGCAGAAUGAAGCUGUUGGCUUGUAUCAUCUUGGUCUCUCUUGCUGCUGCUGCUACUGCACAUCUACACUCAGACCCGACGCUGGAUAACCACUGGGAGCUCUGGAAGAAAACCUAUGGCAAGCAAUACAGCCACAAGAAAGAGGAAGGGGAACGGCGCGUGACCUGGGAAAAGAACCUCAAGCUCGUUAUGCUGCAUAACCUCGAGCACUCACUGGGGCUGCAUUCCUAUGAGCUGGGCAUGAACCACCUGGCAGACAUGACCAGCGAGGAAGUGGCUGCUUUGUUAACUGGAGUGAAAGUUCCCCACCGACCUGACCGGAAUUCCACCUACAGGCCAUGCCCUGGCAGCAAAGUGCCUGACUCCGUGGAUUGGAGGGACAAAGGAUGUGUUACGGAUGUGAAAAAUCAGCUGGCCUGUGGCGCCUGCUGGGCUUUCAGUGCUGUCGGUGCCCUAGAAGCCCAGGUGAAACUGAAAACUGGAAACCUGGUGUGUCUCAGCGCACAGAACCUAAUCGACUGUUCCACUAUGUACGGGAACUGCGGCUGCAGUGGCGGAUAUAUAACCAGAGCCUUCCAGUACAUCAUCGAUAAUAACGGCAUUGAUUCGGACGCUUCCUAUCCAUACAGAGCUCAGAACGGAACGUGUCACUAUAACCCAGCCACGCAAGCCGCCACUUGCUCCAAGUUUGUUGAGCUCCCGUAUGCCGAUGAAGCAGCCCUGAAGGAUGCCGUAGCCAAUAUUGGACCUGUGUCCGUUGCCAUAGAUGCGAAACAGCCUUCGUUUUUCCUGUACAGAUCAGGAGUCUACGAUGAUCCACGUUGCACUGGUGAUGUGAAUCAUGGGGUUCUAGUUAUCGGCUAUGGCACCCUGGACGGGAAGGACUUUUGGCUUGUGAAAAACAGCUGGGGUGAAUAUUUCGGUGACAAAGGGUACAUUCGAAUGUCCAGGAACAAAGGAAACCACUGUGGGAUUGCCAGCUAUGGUUCUUAUCCACAAAUAUAGAGGGACGCUCUGCUUCAGACUGCGCUCUGGAGAU